AUGGCAGCAGAGAUUGUCACUUCUGCAGUUGCUCAGGAGGCUGUCAAUCAGGUCCUAUCAAGAUUCAAGGACAGGUGUGAGCAGAACUCAGAAGCAAAGGACCGAAUCGAGAGGAUGGAGAUGGCACACAUCAAGCUAGAGGCUGCCCUCGAGACAUCCAACAAGUGGAACAUCACCACCAGAGCUCCAUUGCUGCGAUGGCAGAGCAAGCUCAAGCGCGCUGUGCAGGAGUGCGACCACACUCUUCGCAGGUGCAGGCAGCGCCUGCAGGAAGAGGAAGAGAUGCAAAACAGUGUAAGGAGCUCCUCCUUUCCUAAGCAGAUUGCUUAUGCUGCCAGGUCGUUCGUCUCGUCCAUCUUUAGCCGUGGCAGCGAGGAUGAGCUGAGAAGCUCUGCUGCCGUCCGGCGGUUCGAGAGGUAUGCAGAUGGUGCGAGUGAGUUCUUGAGGUAUGUGGAGCUUGGUGGCACACCACGUAGAUAUAUGUUCUUUGACCCUCUUAUACGACAUCUUCUCGCUGGCAAAGGAACAAAGUAUUGCUUUGUUCGCGGGAGUCAACAUCUGUCGUUUCUUUUACAGCCUUUUAGAACACAUGACCAUGGGGUGUAUGGUAACCUAGUAUUGUUACUUAAAGAUAGCAAUGCAUCAGAGAACAAUUUUCUUCUUGCCCUCAAUUUACGGCUUUCCGAGAGUAUCGACAUAGUUGGUGUUGCAGUAAGCUGCCUACAGCUAUUCAUACCUCACUUGAGCUCAACGGUCGAGGCCGUGAAGACAAAGCUCACCCAGCUACCAACACAAGACUUGUGCUGGGUAUCAUCUGUUUGUGAACGCCAAAACAAUCUUUACAGCAUCUGUUCAAAAUGGCUUCAACCGAACCCGCUUUGUUGUCAGCAACAAGAUCAUUACUAUGCCCAGAGCUACAAUGCCACAAGCUCAUCAUCAGAAUCAUUGCUCUGUGAUAUAUACUUGGAACCAGUUAUGCAUGUGUACUUGUCGGCCCAUGUAUCACUCUCAGUUGAGAAGAACAAGCAAAGAGCGGUCAUCGAUGAAGAAAGUGAAACAAGUCGCACGAGAGACUUUCCUUAUCUGAAAUUUGGAAUGCACUUCUUUCCCCAUACCUCCUUUCAAGAUUUGUCGCCGAGAGUUGAGGGUUCAGCAACAGAGAUGAUCAACGGGGAGGCCGUGCAGCAUGGCAGCUUUUGUGCGAACAUUUCCUGCUUUGAACAACUGUGCAAGAUGAUGCUACCAAAAGCUGUAGAUUGCCUUCAUGGGAAUGUUGCAGCUACCUCAUAUCAGAUGCUGUGGAAGUCCAAGCAUGGUGGCGCAAUUCUUCGGGUUCAGAAGAUCCCAUGGAGACUAACCACUCAGAAAGACAUGGGUGGAAAACGUUCUGAACGACAGCAGGUCAAGAAGGUACAGGGAUGGGCAAGUGCGAAUAAUGAGUUCAACAACUCGUGGAUUGCGCACGUACCUGCCAAGUUUCUGGGCUCAGCCAUGGACUGGAUUCAGGCAGAGAAGCGACUGCCCCAACCGUUAUUAUUCAUAACUAAUUCCUGCGUUCAUGAUUGUCCAAUCAAGUUGCUCUGUUUGCAAUUUUACAGAUCUUUUGCAAGUAAGAUAAAGUCAUUCAGCAUGUUCAAUGCCUAA